AUGGAUUCCGAAGAGUCUGAAGGAUCUUACUCCUCGAUAAACGAUGGCCUUUGUGACAUGUGCUAUGAUGCUGUUGUUUUUGACGACAGCGACGACAAGUUCUACGAGGGCACGAACAGUGACGAUGAGCCUACCCUGCGGCAUUCGGAGGUGCGGAGCGAUCCAGUCUUCUUGAAACCCACUCUCUAUUGGGAAGACACACUACCCGACUUGCCCCUGAUGGCUGAAUUCGCUGCUGGCGGGUGCCGUAUGUGUGGUUUCCUCCGGGAAGAGCUCAUACGACAGAAAAUAUGUCACGUUGGCGACAUUCGUAUCGGUGCGGGAUAUCUGUUUGGCGGACAGGGACAUGAGCUCGAGAUCAUCGACACAGAUCCUGGCUUGGCCUUCUGGAGAUGCGAUGUCUACGCGGUCAAAAGAACGACCAACAAUCUUGACAAGCUACAUCGAAUUGCAAAUCUUUAUUUUGACAUCGAGUCUAGCGACCGUGAUUUGCUCCGAUGGCUGAGGGUGCAUGCGAAGUCCGCCCCCGGACCAUUGGACCCGGCCAGUGUUGAAUGGCUCCAAACACAGCUCCGACAAUGCGACUAUCACUGUGGCCUUGGGAAGCCAGAGGUGCCAUUCUUACCCACCAGACUGAUACAUGUCGGUCAGAACGAGGAUGACGCACCUCGACUUGUCAUCGUUGAAAACAUGCUCGAAUCUGGUAUGAUCGAUGCUCUCGACUAUGCGACACUGAGCUAUUGCUGGGGAUCCAAAGAAGACGCUCUCAAGCAGACAAAAACCACAAAAGACACCAUUUUGACCCAUUGUCAAGGGAUGCCUCUUGACUCCUUAAGCCCCGUCAUACAGGACACCAUCAAGGUCUGCAGGGCGCUCGGUAUAUUCUACCUCUGGGUUGACGCUUUGUGUAUCAUUCAAGAAGACAAUGUAGACUGGGACCGAGAGAGUCAAAUGGUGGGACAGAUCUACCAUUCUUGUUGUGUGACCAUCUGCCCUCUCUCUUCACGAUCUUGUCUCGAGGGCUAUCUGGGACUAAGGCCGCAGGGGUUGGAAGUUGAAUUUCAAUCAUCUCGCCACGAACAUAUCAAAGGCAUCUACAGACUUGUUCGCUCUCCUACAGACGCUGACGAAUAUGAUGUACAAAACGAAGCAGCGCUUCGCAGGGACCUCAAGCGAUCCUCUUGGCAUAACAGGGGCUGGACCUUUCAAGAGAGUAUGCUUUCACCUCGCAUGAUAUAUUUCGGGUCAAACAUGAGCCAUUUUGUCUGCGAAAACCUAAUAACAUCUGAAAACGGAGAUAUCGACCACAAUUCGAUUUUCGGCCUACUGCAAGUUGCAAUUCGGAGAGCUUUUGGAAAGCCUUCCGAGCAGUCGGAUCGCUCAGCGACUGUCAAGAUCGAUGUGUACGGCAACUGGGAGUCUGUGCACGAGGUCGGUAGAAGGGCCUGGACAUAUCGCGAGGACAUUCUGCCCGGACUUGCCGGUAUCGCUAAGGCAUUCGCAACACUUACGGGCGACACAUAUCUGGCAGGCUUAUGGAAAGACGAUCUACAUAUACAGCUGCUUUGGUACAUGCUACGACCACCAGCCGGUGAAUUGGCCUCAGUUGUGCACAGCUUGCAGCACACAGAUCCGUACGUCACGCCGUCAUGGAGCUGGGCUUCACAAACAGCGUACCAGGAGGAGUUGACGGAAAGAGAAAUUACUACAGAGGGAAUCGAGGUGGAAAAAGGAAAUUGGUCACGCUUUGAAUCUUUCAAGUCAAAACCUUGUCAUAACAGACCCGACUUUGCGCUGAUAGACUACCACAUGGAUCUCCGAGGGAGCAAUGUCUUUGGGGCUCUUACUGGAGGCUUCCUUCGAUUAAAGGGUAAAAUUUGCCCGUUUCCUUCGGACGUCACAAGGCAGGUCUCGACGCCCUAUAAUGACCGUCGUCUAUCAUACGGGCUAUUUUCAGGCGGUAUUGGGACUUGCAUGCUUGACUGGGGCGUUAGCGAAACCAUGGCACCAGCGCCAGAGAGUAUGCGAUUGAUUUUGGUGUCGAGCUGCUGCUCGGCAACAGUGAACUGGGAAAACUUGAAGUAUAUGGCGAAUUGUGACGACGAAGACUUUGACGACUGGAUGCCGAGUGAUGCGGAAGUUGGCGGCGUGUCAUUUCCUGACGGUUACGAGAGUAUUGAAACGUGCCGAUACUGCGCGGAUCCGAUGCACAAGCGUACUGGAUAUGGCCUUGUGGUCCAUCCGGCGGAAGAGCCUGGAUCGUAUGUGAGGGUUGGAGUCUUUGUGAUGUUUGCACAUAAAGGGGGCAUGGAUCUCUUCAACGAUGAGGAGGAGGAGAUAAAACUCAUUUAG